UCAUUUCAUUUGGCCUUAAAUAUACAGUUGUGUGUGCUAAAUUAUUUUCAUCAUGGAAAAAUCCGACGACUUCUUUGAUCCAUUUCUCAUUGGGCCACCAAAAAGUGGGCAACGUUUGGACUUUGAAAUACCUUUGUAUUUCACCUACUCAGAGCCAGUAUUUGAGGUAAAGCCGGAGCCGGAUAUUCACCCAAGGAUUUCUCUGUCAACACCUAAAUCCAAAACAACCACAAUGACUUCAGAGCAAGUGAAUUACUAUAAAUGAGUAAAUUUAAGUAAUUACUUUAAAUUUUUCGGCAGCUAUAUUUCCCCACAAAAAACCACAAUCUCAAACAAUCGGUAUUUAAUUCCAAUUAGCAAGAAAUCUGUGGCUAAAAUUUUACUAUCAUGGCCAAUGCAUCUUUCAAUCCAUUUAAUAUUGGGCCACCGGAUAGCAAUGCUAGUUUGAACAUCAAAAUUCCUACAUGUCCUUCCUACCCACCGCCAGUGCAUGCUGUUACACCCCAAUUCAAGGUACAUACGAAUCGAUCCGUUUCACAGGACUCCAUGCCCGAGAUGCAAUUGAACUUGGCCGAAAUGAAAGGUGCCAAAUCACAAAUUGGCGAAGUGGCUAUUUCAAAAGCCAUCAAUGAGGAGAUGGCUACAUUCAAGCAGCUGGCCACUGCUACUACUCAUGAACAUCAACGCAUUCAUGCAGGAGGCGGCUCGGAGAUGAGUCUGCCCCACAACAUGACGAAAGAUGGUUCGGACACGGUAUCGUUGCAAACAUUGAUGCCAGUAAGAGUGUGCAGUAAUAGCAGCAAAGAGAGCAGAUUGUGUGAGAUGGGAAAUGGGUUCACCUCAAAGUCAAGUGUCAGAUCGAAAGUUUCUAGGAAAAGUCAUGUAUCCGAUGUCACCAAGGCUUCCAGAGAAACUGAAGGAAUAGGGCUGAAGUCACAAGGUGAUUCAAAUUUCCAUUUAGAAUCAACACAUAGCGCAAAGACUGUCAUCAGUAACCUGUCCAAAGCUAUCAAGGAUUCUAGGCACAGUUUGAAUUCUCCUCAAGCCAAAUCUGUGAAUGCAAUCUCGAGAAUAAGUCUAAAAUCGAAAAUCCCAUCGGAAUUGACACUUGGAGCAAAAGAUUCUAAGCGAAGUUUUUUAUCCAAGUCCAGCAAUGUCCCUCAAGAAGCAAAGUCUGACAAAAUGUCAACUAAAAUGAGUAUGCAUUCACAUGCCUCUCAGCCUACCAAAUCGAGUUCAACUAUUAAAUCGCGAGCAACCCUGAAAAGUUCGAAGAAGUCUACGAAUAUUUCUAUAAAAAGUUCCGACAAUAAUAUUUCACUUGAACCUCCUAAGGAUACAGCAAAUGAUUCUGAUCAAAUAUCUCAUUAUUCAGUCAAGUCGACCAACAACAACCUAUCACAAAUGUCUCGACAAACAAGGAAUGUAUCUCAUCACUCAAUCCACUUGGAGAAAAAACCUUCUUUCCGCAUCUUAAUCGAACAGAAGAAAAGCACUCAAGCAAAAAGUGUUUCUCAACGUUCUAUCAACAAGGUGAAGGAUCUUGGGCCCAGCGUUUCGAAGCAGUUGAAAAGUUUCAUUAAAGACCACACUCCAAGUAAAGUUAUCGAAGAGGCCAAUGUAUUAGCCAACCGUCUUAAAGCUGGCAAUGUAAGUUCAUUUAGGCGCCUUAGUCCACUGAUCAGCACCUAUACAAACCCCGAACCUGAGAAGCUUUGCCGUGAUGAUCGCAUGUCCCAGUGGUUCAAGGAAGCGGUGCUCUCCUAAAACAAAAUACACAACAUCCAAUCAAAAUUAAAGCUUAAACUAAAACUUUAUUCGUUGCAAUUUCAA